CCUGGGAAGUGAGUCUCAGCAGUUCCAGAUUCCGAUGGAGAAGGAGGCCGGGCAUGCAGACAGUGCCGUGGAUCCUUGUUCUUUCAAGCUCCUGAUCUCGUGUCCCUGUGGUCUUUCGCCCUCGCAGGUUUCUGUGGUGUUCAGCGAUGCCUGCGAUCGGAUUCCCCACCCUGAUGCUAACCUGGAGAGCACAAUCGCUGAGAUAUGGGAGCAGAGGAGUCAGAAAAACAAUUCACUCUACAAUGGCAAGAAGUUCAGGUAUGGGGGGUAUAUGCUGCAAAGGGGAAGCGGAUCUGACCACGAGCUUCAUGUAUGCCUCCACCUUGGUUUGACGGAUUAUAGGACUUUCGUUGGGACAAAUUUAAGUCAUCUGUGGAAACGGUUCCUGGUUUCAUCAGAAGAUGAUUCUGUUCUUUGUCAGCACACUGCCAGUCCACUGGGAAAUGGUGCAAUUGUGGAGACUAUUGACGAGAAGAUACUUGUAUUGCAACGAAGUAACAAUGUUGGUGAAUUUCCUGGACAUUUUGUUUUCCCAGGAGGUCAUCCGGAGCCUCAUGAAAUUGGAGUAGCUUCCCAUCAACAUAGCAAGGAGUUAACAGAGUCUAUUAACAACAACGUUUCCCGUGAGAUGUUUGACAGCAUAGUUCGAGAAGUAGUUGAAGAAAUUGGGGUGCCAGCCUCAUCCCUUAGCAUUCCAGCUUUCAUUGGAGUAUCACGGAGAGAAUUGAAUGUGAGACCAGCUGCAUUUUUCUACAUCAAAUGCAGUCUCAAUUCCAAGGAAGUUCAACAGUUUUAUUCUAGUGCUCAAGAUGGCUACGAGUCAACUCAGCUAUAUGCUGCCACAAUGGUCGACUUAGAAAACAUGGCUUCCAAGAUGCCUGGCUGUCAUCGAGGUGGAUUAGCCCUCUAUAAAUUGAUGGCUGACAACAACCUGAAGAAUACUUGAUGUAAGUUUACGAGGACUUAUAGUUGUCAGUCUUUGAUGUUAUGCUGAGUGUUACCCUGUGGGAUUCACGAUUUGGCAUGUUAGGUAUAGUUUCUAUCUCAGAAGCUUACUCUGGCUGUUUAUUGCUCCUGUUUAGCAUGUAAGAACUGAUAUUUCUAGGUAGCUUACUCGUCUAUAUGUGAUUCAUUGAUUCUUCACUUGCUUGUAUACUGCAUACGAUCUCAGACUGAUAUACAUAUACUAUACUGCAUACGAUCUCAGACUGAUACACAUAUACAUAUAAUGUGUUUUUGGGUUUUUUCCCGCUCCGGCUGAGUCA